AUGGAAGAGAUGAGGGACAGUUAUUUAGAAGAAGAUGUUUACCAGCUGCAGGAACUUCGGCGAGAACUGGACCGUGCGAAUAAAAACUGCCGAAUUCUGCAGUACCGUCUCAGGAAAGCAGAGCAGAAAAGCUUGAAGGUGGCUCAGACUGGGGAUGUGGAUGGUGAGCUGAUCCGGAGUCUAGAGCAGGACUUAAAGGUAGCCAAAGAUGUCUCUGUCAGAUUGCACCAUGAACUUGAAACUGUGGAGGAAAAGCGUGCUAAAGCUGAAGAUGAAAAUGAAGCCCUCCGACAGCAGAUGAUUGAAGUGGAAAUAUCCAAGCAGGCUCUCCAGAAUGAGCUGGAGAGACUGAGAGAGAGUUCCCUGAAAAGAAGAGGCAGUCGGGAAAUGCACAAAGAAAAGAAAACAUUGAACCAGGACGACAGUGCUGAUCUGAAGUGCCAGCUUCAAUUUGCCAAAGAGGAAGCCUCCCUGAUGCGCAAAAAGAUGGCCAAGCUAGGGAGGGAGAAGGAUGAGCUGGAGCAGGAGCUCCAGAAGUACAAGUCCCUCUAUGGCGAUGUGGACAGCCCUCUCCCAACUGGAGAGGCAGGCAGGCCACCAAGCACCAGAGAGGCUGAGCUAAAACUGCGGCUCAAAUUAGUGGAGGAGGAAGCCAACAUCUUAGGCCGCAAGAUUGUUGAGCUGGAGGUGGAGAACCGAGGCCUCAAAGCAGAGAUGGAGGACAUGAGGGGCCAGUACGAGUGUGAAUGUGCAAGCAGGGACCACCCCCCAAGCAUUCCUACCUCACCUUUCGCUGAUGCCACUGAGUCCUCUUCAGAGCUCCGCCGGCACCUCCAGUUUGUGGAGGAGGAAGCAGAGCUGCUCAGGAGGUCCAUCUCUGAGGUGGAGGACCACAACCGACAGCUGACCCACGAGCUAAGCAAGUUCAAGUUUGAGCCACGGCCAGAGCCUGGAUGGCUGGAUGAGAGCCCAGGCCGGGAUGGGGGCACAGGUCUCCCCCUGCAGGAGGAGCUCAAGUCAGCGAGACUACAGAUCAACGAGCUGAGUGGGAAGGUGCUGAAGCUGCAGUACGAGAACCGCGUGCUGCUCUCCAGUGUGCAGCGCUAUGACCUGGCUGCACACCUGGGCCUACAUGCCCCGAGCCCCCGUGACAGUGAUGCUGAGAGUGACAUGGGCAAGAAGGAGAGUGACGGGGAGGAAAGCCGGCUGCCCCAGCCCAAGAGGGAAGGCCCCAUUGGUGGUGAGAGUGACUCGGAGGAGACCUUUGAGAAGACAUCAGGCUUUGGUAGUGGGAAGCCCUCUGAGACUAGUGAGCUGUGUCCACCCACACUCAUGCAGGCCCAAGAGGACCCUGAGUGCCUGGUGAACAUAAAACAGGAGGCAGAGCGGCUCGGGCGUUUGGUGGAAUGCCUCAUUACCGACACCGACAGCCUGAUCUACGAUGCCAAACUGCAUGCUGCUGAGCCUGGUGUCCAGGGUGGUUGGGAGGAACCUGAGCUGCUGGGCACCAUCAACUCCAAGAUGAAGGCUUUUAGGAAGGAGCUUCAGGCCUUCCUGGAGCAGGUGAACCGGAUUGGGGAUGGCCUGAGGGAACACCUGGAAGACUUGGCCCCCUUGCCCCACCUCACUGAAUCUUCCAGCUUCCUCUCCACUGUGACCUCCAUGUCCCGGGACUCCCCCAUUGGGAACCUGGGGAAGGAGCUGGUCGCAGACUUGCAGUCCAAACUGAGAGAUCAGAUGGAGUGGCAGCUCAGCCAGGACCACAGGGAGGAGCAAGGGGAGCUGUGCCUUCGAGCCGGUCCAGAGCUGCACCGCAGAGCCGACGGGGAUGCCAGCCACUAUAGGCCUGCAGACAAAAGCUGCCUCAACUUGGAGCUCAGGGGCCCCCCUGUUUUACCUGAACAGAAUGUAUCGGUAGAGGAGCUCCAGGGUCAGCUUGCACAGGUGACCAGACUGCAUCAAGAGGAGAGCGAGAGAUGUGCACACAAGAUCCGUAAGAUGGAGGAGGAACACCUCUAUGCAUUGAGGUGGAAAGAGCUGGAAGUACACAGCCUGGCUUUGCAAAAUACCCUACAUGCUCGGACCUGGAGCGACGAGAAAAAUCUGAUGCAGCAGGAGCUCCGGUUCUUGAAGCAGAACAUUUUCCUCUUCUACGUCAAACUCAGGUGGCUGCUGAAACACUGGCGGCAAGGGAAACGGAUGGAAGAGGAAGGAGAGGAUUCAACCAAGGGCGAGCAUCCAGAGAGCCUCCCUGUGCUUGCUGAGCUUGGAGUCCAGGGGGACCAGAAGGGUGAUGAUGAUGGUGAUGAUCGGGGCCUUGGCUUUAUGAUGGGGGAGUAUCCCCAGCAUUGCCCGGUGGAGCUCAACGUCCAUGGAUCACAGCUUCCGAGUGCAGACGGGGGACAGCACCACAAGCAGGUGAUGGAGAACCAGCAGUUAUUUGGUGCCCUCCGGGCCUUGCUGGAGGACUUUCGCGUGGAGUUGCGGGAGGAUGAGCGGGCCCGGCUGCAACUGCAGCAGGAGUAUGCCAAUGACAAGGCUGCCUGGGAUGUGGAAUGGGCCAUGCUCAGGUGUCGCUUGGAACAGCUAGAAGAGAAGACUGAGAAGAACUUAGGGGAACCAGGUCCUUCCACUGACAGUAAAGUGGCAUUUCGGAAGGAGAGAGAGGCACACAAGAAGCUCCUCGCUGACAGUCAUGUCCUGGUCAUGGACCUGCGCUGGCAGAUCCAUCACAGCGAGAAGAACUGGAGCCGGGAGAAGGUGGAGCUUCUUGACCGCCUGGAUAGAGAUCGGCAGGAGUGGGAACGGCAGAAGAAGGAAUUUCUGUGGAGAAUAGAGCAGUUGCAGAAAGAAAACAGUCCCCGGAGAGGUGGCAGUUUCCUCUGUGACCAAAAAGAAGGCAGCCCCUGCCCCUUCCCCUACCAGGGAAGUGUGCAUGUACCUCGUGCCAGGGGAAUGUGGUCCUGCUCUGAUGUGGAAUCCAUCCCCUUUGAAGACCGGCCCCUGUCAAAGCUGAAGGAGUCAGACAGGUGCUCGGCCAGUGAGAACCUCUACCUGGAUGCCCUGUCACUGGAUGAGGAGCCUGAAGAGCUCCCGCCCCGAAGGCUGGAGCGGGAGUUCAGGAACUGCCUUCCUGAGGAAGAAGAAAAUCACAAGGGAAAUCUUCAAAGGGCAGUGUCUGUAACAUCGAUGUCAGAGUUCCAGCGCCUGAUGGACAUCUCUCCCUUCCUGCCUGACCAGGGCCUGCCUUCCAUGGGCAACAAAGAGGAUACCACCCCUCCCCUAUCUCCUGAUGACCUCAAGUACAUCGAGGAGUUCAACAAUAAGGCCUGGGAUUAUAGCCCCCCCAGAGACCAUGGGACAGGGCUAGGGAAGCCCCCAGACUCCUGGGCAGACAGGACCGAGGUGGGGCAGGCUGGAGCCAAUGCUGCAGCGGACCCUUUCCCAGAAUCCUCAUGGUACCUCACCACAAGUGUCACCAUGACCACAGACACCAUGACCCACCCUGAGCACUGCCAGAAGCAGCCACUGCGCAGCCACGUUGUGGCAGAAAGGUCAGGUGUGCGUGUGCUCCACAGUCCACCUGCUGUGCGUAGGUUUGAUAGUGUGGUCAUGGCCAUGGGCAGUGAGGAGCAGAGCCCAGGGGACCCCGAAUUCCCUUUCCCCACAGCCAGAGCCAGAGGGGGCGUAGGGGAAGCUAAGGGGAGCCCAGCAGAGCAUAUGUUUGGCAGGUGGCCUUGUGACCUCACCAGAUAUCCCCGGGACUAUGGGAAUGGCAAGCUCUGCUCUCUUGAGGGGCCCCUCUGCACCUCCCUGGGGUUUGCCUCCCCUCUGCACAGCCUGGAAAUGUCCAAAAACAUGAGUGAUGAUAUGAAGGAGGUGGCCUUCUCCGUCAGGAGUACCAUCUGCCCUGCAGAGCCUAAGGUCAAGGACAUGUCCUGCCAGACCAAUGGGUCCCAGACAACCGGGACACAGACUGUCCAGACCCUUAGCGUCGGCCUGCAGACUGAAGCCCUACGAGGGGGUGUCACCAGCAGUCCCCACAAGUGUCUCACACCCAAAGCUGGGGGUGGCACCACACCUGUGUCCUCACCUUCCCGCAGUCUGAGGAGCAGACAGGUGGCCCCCGCCAUCGAGAAGGUGCAGGCCAAGUUUGAACGCACAUGCUGCUCCCCCAAAUAUGGAUCUCCUAAGCUGCAGAGGAAGUCCCUCCCCAAAGCCGACCAGCCAAAUAAUAGGACCUCGUCAGGGAUGCCUCAGAAGGGCUGUAGCGAGUCAGCCUGGGCGCGCUCCACCACCACAAGGGAGAGCCCGGUGCACACAACCAUCAACGAUGGCCUCUCCAGCCUCUUCAACAUCAUUGACCACAGCCCCCUAGGACAAGACCUUUUCCAGAAGGGGGUGCGGGCUGGGAACCAGUCCCGCUUGGCAGAACCCCGACAAGAGCUGGGCCCGGGCCAGGAAACAGGCACCAGCUCCCGGGGACGGUCACCCAGCCCUCUUGGGGUUGGAGUGGAAACAUUCAGAGAGGAAGGUGGAGAGGGUACGCCAGUGAGGCAGGACCUAUCUGCUCCCCCUGGCCACACACUUACAGAGAACACUGCUCGUAUCCUCAACAAGAAGCUGUUGGAGCAUGCCUUAAAAGAGGAGAGGAGGCAGGCCACUCACAGCCCCCUGAGUCUGAACAGUGAUGGCCAUGCAGGGGAGAUGGGCAAAGCCGAACCAGGGUCCAUCGAGAACCAAACUGUCUUACUAACUGCCCCCUGGGGACUCUAG